AUGUGGAAGCAUUAUAUUGUGUUAUUUGGCGGUUUCGUUGACACUGGAGUGCGAACGACAUAUUUGCAGGACCUCUGGAUCUUUGAUACACUCGAAUACAAGUGGCAAGAGAUCAAGCAAAAUGACCUGCGGCGGCCAUCGGCACGAAGUGGCUUUUCGUUCCUGCCCACACCUGAUGGCAUCGUGCUGUACGGCGGAUACUGCAAAAAGUAUGUCAAGGGCCAGCGAACUCAAGGGUUGGCACUUGAUGAUGCAUGGCUCCUACAGAUGGAUGAGGACACAUCUAAAAUUCAGUGGAUCAAGCGCCGAAAAAUCGGUUAUGCACCAAAUCCGCCACGAUCCGGCUGUACCAUGGCGCUAUGGGCAAAUCGAAACAUGGGAGUCCUUUUCGGUGGUGUCACCGAUACGGAACAUGAUGAAGAGUCUAUGGAAAGCACAUUUUGGAAUGAUUUGUAUGGAUACCAAUUGGCGGGAAUGGGUCGAUGGAUUAGUCUGAAUUUGCGCAUACCCAAAAAGAAAAAGGCGUCUAAAGUAGAUGCCGAUGAUGAAGUCGCAUCAGACAACGAGAAUGAUGACCCCAGCAUCAUGCUUCCAUUAACAAGAUACAACACGAUGCUGGCUGUGCAACGGAAUACUUUGUACAUGUACGUGCAUAUAAGAAAGAGUGACUUACCUGGCAGAUACGGAGGCAUCUUUGAAAGUGGCGAUCGCGAAUAUACGCUCGAUGACUUCUACACGAUCGAUCUAUCUAAGAUGAACAGGGUCAUAUGUUUAAAAGAAUGUCCGAUCGAUCAUUUGGAAUGGCACAGUUCUGACGAGGAGGAUGACGACGAUAACGACGACGAUGAUGACGACGAUGAUGAGGAGGAUGAUAAUCAAGGAAUGGAGACUGCUGAACCUGAAGGUGUGGAAAUUAGUCACAUGGAAGAAGAGGAGGAUGGAUUGUGCGAUUUGGAAGGGCUUCGUGUUAGCGACGAAGACUUGUCGGAUGAAGCAAAAGCUGAGUUGGAAAAGAAACUGGCUCUGCGUCGACAAGCUACUACUUUUAUGGGUGUUUCAAAAGAUACAACUCGCUCAGAGGCAGAUAUACUCUCGACACCAGAGCCUGGUGAAAUUUUAAAAACAUUCUACGAACGCUCAAAACAUUACUGGGCUGCGCAGGCCCACGAAAUUGCACAGGGCCAGUCUCGUGGGAAGCAACUUCGACGUGACGGAUUCGAUGUAUGUAAAAUGCAACAGUGA